CCGGUUUCUCACUCACACUCUCCUCUCAGCUGAGAUUCAGAGAGCAGAGCAGAGAGAUCCUCACAGGGAAACAGGGGGUGGAGGGGAAAAAAUAGAUUCCAUCGUUUCUCACUCAGAAAGAGCAAACAGGAGGGGUGAGAAGACCAAAGAAAAAAGAAAGAAAGAAAAAAGAUGGAGAGGAAGCAGGGAGAGGUGGACCACCUGGAGCUGGAGCGACCGAGCCCUCUGACUGACAAGGAGAGGGUGAUGAUCCAGGACUCGUGGGCCAAAGUCUUCCAGAACUGCGAGGACGUAGGGGUGGCCAUACUGAUCAGGCUGUUUGUGAACUUCCCCAUCUCUAAGCAGUACUUCAGCCAGUUCAAGCACAUCGAGGACGUGAGGGAGCUGGAGCAGAGUUCCCAGCUGAGGAAACAUGCUCACAGGGUCAUGGGUGCCAUCAACACUUUGGUGGAGAAUCUCGACAAUGCGGAGAAGGUAGCAUCGGUGCUGAAGCUGGUGGGAAAGGCUCACGCUCUCAAGCACAACGUGGAUCCGAUGUACUUUAAGAUUCUGAGUGGUGUGAUUCUGGAGGUUCUGGGAGAAGARUAUCCAGAGGUUGUGACACCUGAAGUGGGCACAGCGUGGACCAAACUCUUGGCCACUCUCUGCUACAGCGUCAAAGCCAUCUACGAUGAAGUGGGCUGGACGCCGCCGUCAGCCUCAACUGGCUGAAAGAUUCAGAUCCRGGCGAGGGAUCUGUUUCAUUUUCUGCAGCCUCGUGCAUCAGGAAUCAAGUGACUGUAAUCUGACAGUACAGUUUUAUUAUAAUCUAUGAUAAUCAUGGACUAUGUAAAAGAUACAUAAAUACAUAUAUUAUGAACAGAAAUAGGAGCAAGUACUCUGCCCUUUUUUGUGGCUAGCAGCGUGUUUGUGAGAGAAAGAGAACUUAGAAGCUCCCUUUCUUGCAUUUGUUCUCUUACUAACCCACUUAAAGACAGAGCAAAGAAGGCAAAAACAAGUGCAAACAUAGACUUGACGGAGGAGGAGAGGUCAGAUUGGAAUCGGGCGUGCCUUUUACUGAAUGUGUAGAAUCUGAAAUGUAAACAGGAUUCUUUGUAAACAUUAUUGUUUUACAGAUGUUUCCUCUUAUCAAUUUGUGUUUCACCAAUGUCCACUUUGUUAGCUAUUACUUAACAUUUAUCCUUUUUUAAUACUUAAUGGUGACGAUUGUACUUUUUUCAUUAUAAAUCACAUUUGUUUUCAUAACUGAGUACUUUGAAAUAAAAGGUAGAAUUAUUUUAAA